AUGCAGAAGGCGGAGCUGUACGGAAUACUCGACGACUAUCUGGAUGGUCAUGAAGAGGUCCUUGGUCCUGGUCAAGGAAAUGCAGAAGUAGUCCAGGCGGGGGGCUUACAAGCUCUGUGGCACCAUCUGGAGCUCGACGACGAUGACGACGACGACGACGACGACUGGGAGGACGAGUCGGAGGAAGGCAGCAGCUCAGACGAGUGGACGGACUGCAGCUCCUCCUCAUCUGGAGGCGGCAGCACCACCGGCUCUGACGAAGAGGAGCUCUCGGAUGGUUCGUCUUGUGGAUCUGACGAGGAGCUCGUGACGGAUGAGGAGGCAGACCACAUCGUCGAGGACAGCCAAGUUUUCGAGGAGGAGACAUCUCAGUGUUCGCCAAGCCAGCCACCAGAGAAGCGGAUAUCGGAUGAGUGCACGGACUGCAGCUGCCCAACGAGGGACGAGUCGUAUUGUGGCGACGAAUCGGACGACGGCUCCAGACACUGA